CAAAAUGGUUGGGUGGCUGUGGCACUCAAUUGGUAGCCAUCUACCAUCCACAUGCUUGACAUGUUGUUGGCUGUUUCUGGGCUUAGACCGGACGCCAAGAUGGUGUGUGUGUGUGUGGUGAAUGCCUACCUAUGUCUAUUUCUAGUACUAUUUACUACGGUGUUUCGGGAGAUAGAACGUUUCUGAAAGCCUCAUUUUACGCUUUUCACGCGCCCUCACGCGAUCCUUUGACUAAAGAAAUACUGGUCUGAAUUGGAUCAGUACUUGAUAGCUUUGAUAUGGCGGGUGAUGCGGGAAAUGCAGAACUUGCAGGCUCAACCGUCACAGUGCACACCUUGGCCGAUGCUAUGGGCGUUCCUCAGCCCCAGGUUAUCGUGAUAGACAGAGACUACCAGGAAGAGAAAGAAGAAAAUCUCCCUAGCACAACAGAAGACCUCUGGGUCAGUUCAGCAGAUGGCCGAUAUUGUUCUGCCCCUGUACCAAUACGAGUUGGUCCUCUGAACAACAUGCAAACUUUCUACGUUCACAGAGAUAUACUUGUCCAGGCAGAGUGGUUUCGAAAGGCCCUAUGUGGAAACUUCAGAGAAGCAAGUGAGCAAUUCAUUGAUCUGCCAGAGGAGGAUCCGGCUAUUUUUCAUUUCCUCGUUGCAUUUCUAUACGAGGGUUGCUUUGAACCUAUCAGGCCAGCAGCGAGCGUUUUAGAACCAGAAGUCGAUAAGGGGAAGGGUAUUGAAGUUGACCCAGAGCCAGCAGAGGCUUCGGACUCAAGCUCGUCAAGUAGCAGUAGCAGUUCUGGGAGCUCGGGUACCUCAUGGAGACGCCGGCGUCGGGCUCGACAAACGAGACUUGGUGAGGCGGAAGAAACCCAGGAGAAGCAUCCGGGACAUCAUCGACCGGGUUGCUCGUGUCCUCGAUGCCUCGCUCGGCGUGAUUUUUCGAGAUGCUGGCAAUGCGGGGCUCAGCGAUCUCGCGAAGGCAAUCCUCUUGUGCCUGUGCCUUAUGGUCGAGGGGCUCCCAGAAGAGGGAUCCAUCCUCCAGGUGUUUUCCCUCCUCCUGUCAGCAUUCCGAUGCCUCCUCAGCAGAGCCAACCGGAGCGUAUUACAGGAGAGGAUCUUCGGACGUGGUUCCUGGCGUAUGAGCUCAACCUCGACGUUUAUAUUUGCGCGACACGUUAUCUUAUGGACGACUUUCGAAAGGCAGUGAUGCGGUCGUGUGUUGAUAUGCUCGAGACAGCAGGCUGGGAUGCUGCACAACCAAAGAUGAUGCAUCUUUGCAGGAAACUUUAUCACAACGUGCCAGAGGUUGAUGACUUGCUCAAGAUGGUCAUGGCACGCGUUGGGUUCCUUCAGCCGCUUCUCUGGAAGCGCGCGCCUGUAGAGACAAGUGAGUUCUUGGUGAGUAACCCAGAGCUCGCUGCUACCAUUCUACGAGAGACGGUCAUGAGGCAUUCGCAGCCGACGGCGGAUUUGCCAUCGAUGGAGCAUGUUCAUACUACGGCUUAUGAAGACGAGUGGCAGAACUUGGGUCGUGCACCUGCACGAACACGAGCCUAUCACUAGUCAAUGGUUAUAAUACUCGAUGCGGUUUGUGGUCGUUGUUCUUUGCUGUUUUGUCUACAGACUGGAGGCCGGAUCGGUACACUAUUAAUAUAGCCACUGGAAGUUUUAUUUUCUACUUAAAUAUAGUAGGUACCAGCUUUCAUAUCCAUCUCAUCUUUACUAUCUUAUGUGCGAGUAAAGUUAUUCUUCUUGGUGAAUUUAACUUCUGCAGGUAUGCCAGUUUUGCAAGACACCCAAAUCUAGUCAAUAACAUCGUCUCUCAGGCUAAACAGUUGCUGCAGAACCUCGUCCGAUUUCGCUCUUAAUGCCGAGUGGUACAUGACAUUCGUCUCAAAAGUCUUUGUACCCUUGACAAGCUUGGCUGUGUCUCUGGCAAAGUUAUAGUCGACGUACAUAUCCUCAACGAACGAAGCAGCAUAUACAGGAACCUUAUUCUUACGCAGCUUCUCCUGAUCGUAAAGAGCAGGCCAGUUAUCACGACUGGCCAAUAACUUAGCCUCCUGGCGAAGUAUCUGGAGCUCUGGGUAAGUUUCGAAGUGAAAUGGGAAUAUCAUUUCUCCAGAGAAGUAGAGGCAUCCGCUGGUAGAUUCCGUUGAGUAGUUGUCAUUCAGCCAGGAGAAGGGCUUGAGUUCUUUGCCAAUGCGAUUGGCUGACCAGGCGGAGGCUAAACCAGGGCCGUCGCAAUAUAUGGCCUCGUGAAGGAUGGCGUAUAUGAUGUUGGUAUCAAAUGGGUUCCAGCCUUCAAGCGGCACUAGGGAUGCUCUGUUGAAAAAUCCGAACUGAUCGAGGGAUGUUUUUAAUGUCAGGAUCGUAGAGUGAACCUGGUCGAAGCCACCAUGGCUUCCAAAGGAAAUGCCGAUAGUCAAGAGACGAGGAACGGUGAGGACACCGCCAGAUGGCAACGGAAUACUGCCACCUUUACUCUCUAUGAAUUUAGCCACUUGACGGACGUUUUCGACGUCCUCUGGGAAUUUUUCAUAGUACUGCUCGUUGCGUUCUAUGACCCGUUGGAAUGUUGCUUCAUAUACUUGGUCAGGCUUCUUACCCACAGGGGCUAGACCGCCAGUGAGAAAGACUUCCCGAAGACCUUCUGGAUGCAUGGAUAAAUAGGAUAGUGCGAUGAAACCUCCGUACGACUGGCCAAAGAUGGACCAUGGUUGUUUGGCAGCGGGCCACGAGGCGGUAAGAUACUUCCUUACAGCUUCGCAGUCCCGGACUGUGUUGUCCUGGCGCAUGAGGCCGAGGUACCGAGUGCGCCCUUCAACGUCUUCAGAUACAAGGCUUAGCAUAUCAGCACCAACUGGUGUACUUAGGCCAACGCCGCGAUGAUCAAGUAAGAGAAGCUGGUAUCCCUUUGCAAGAGCGUGGCGGGUGAGGGGAUGAUCCUGCGGUUCACGGUUGCCAAAGCCCGGUCCUCCCUCAAGAUAGACCAUAUAUGGUUUUGGGGGCUCGCCAAAUUCGUCUUUUGGACUGUUCUCCGACUCUUCAUCAUCAGGUGGGAAUAUGGGAACAUCGUGUUUCUUGACAGCACGUGCAAAUAGUGUGAUGGAAGGGCCCUGGAUGUCCGUGUAGUCCAGAGGUACUUUGAAGAAGAGCUCCGUGACACAUAAUUGUCCAGGCAGCACGUGAGAUUUUCUGCUGACCAGGUCGGCUUGGGGGAUGGACAAGUUUUCGGGAGUAGACAUGGUGACUCGUGUUACAAUAGCAGGGGGUGAUAGUGAUGGUGUUUUAGUGAUGGCGGGGU